GAGACAACGAAAAAUGAAGAUCAAUAGAGGGAGCACAAGGCUGCUCAAGCCAACCUAUCCUACCCCAACCCUCCCUCCUACUGAUGCCUUAAUCCCUCUGAGCCCCUUUGAUACCGUCACAUAUCAGAUCCAUGUUGGAUUCUUGUAUGCCUACAGACCUCCCAACCCAUCAAAUGAAGUCAUUGAACAAGGGCUGCGCCGGCUUCUUGCCGAGUACAGAGAGUUCGCUGGCCGCCUCAUUUUCGAUGACAAUGGCCACCAGUGCAUCCUUCUCAAUGACGAGGGCAUUCGCUUUGUCGAAGCUACCUCCGGCUCUCCUCUUGGCAGCUUGAUGGACAAGCCAUCUCCGUACUACCUCGACUUGCACCCACACAUUACAGGAAUAGAGGAGGAGUUGUUUCAGGUGCAGCUCACCAGGUUUGCUUGUGGUUCCUUGGUGGUGGGCUGCACCAUCCACCAUGCAGUCUUGGAUCCACAGUCUCUCAGCCGUUUCUUCAUAGCAUGGGGCCAUACUGUGCGCAACAGCAUCCCUGUUCUACCACUCCCACUGCAUGACCGCACCAUCUUCAUCCCUCGCAACCCUUCUGUCUUUCAGUUUGAACAUAAUUAGAUUGAGUAUAUGG